ACGUUUUUCUCUCUUCAUGCAAAAGCAAUAAAAAAAAGCUCUUCAUACCAUUCAGCAUUCACAUACGGUACCUCGAUCCGUUUCCGAGACGUGCGUCAGGCGAUUAGAAUCCGGCUCUCGCGAGCGGUUUUGUGAAUGCUCUCAUACUCAAAAUGGUGCGUAGUAAAUAUUCAUUGAAUCGACACUCAGUUUUUUCAAAGUAAGCAAGGUGUUUGAGAGAGUAGUUUCAUAGCAACUGGUAUUGUGCAAAAUUGAAGUGAAUGCAAAUAAAAGGGAAAAAAAGUUCAGAAUACUUUUUUCAGUCGAAGGAAAACUGACGGAAAGUCGGUAGUGCUGAAAAUGUUUAAGUUUGUCUAGGCUAGCACGCCGGUAAGGUAACAAGAAAAUUGCAUUGCAAUAUACGUGCACUCGAAUAGCGCUCCGAAACUCCGUGAUGAUACACAUUUGAGAAAGGAAAUUUUUCGCCGUUCUGCGUUGGAAUCCAACUGAUAGUCAAUACAGUGGGGCUAGGCGAACAUCUUUCUGUGACAGUUGCGUUGCUGCGUUGUGUUAGCAAACGGGGAAAAAAGUCUGUGUCUGGUGCUAAGAAAACAACCCGAAGUGUUUGAGGCAACGAAAAACGAAGCACUGGCACUAACACCAAAAUAAACAGAUACGGUCGGCCAUUCUCACCUUCUGGGUGAUUGACUUCUGCUUGCUCACUGGACAACGAGAGCUAAAUACAGCACCCGAAAGAAGCACAUCCUCAGUGACAUCUAAAUCGGGAAGAUACUUCGCACCCAAGGAUCUCGUCCAUCCGCGCGUGCUCGUGCCAAAUUUUUCAUCACCCGUCGAGCCUCAUUGUGUUCGAUUCCACACGUCCGGUAUUAUUUUCGGUCGAUUAUAGUUCGGACCCACAUGUACAAUUGAAACAGAGCAUCCCCGUUUAAAAUUUGCUUCUUCCGCGUGUUUGAAUCGAAUACGGAGUACGUUCUUGUAGGAACUCCUCCGGACGGUGGUGCAUACGAAAUAAGAGUGGUUAACAAACAAAAUCGCGUCGUCGUCCUUGACGAUAAUGGUGCGAAACGGCCGUACGUUGGUAGUGGGUUAAACACGCAACUUGCCGUCGUCAGUGAAAAGAAGAGGUGCGCGUGGCAUCGAUCGAAUUCGAGAGAGAGAGAAAAAGGUGCGAUGCAAGCGGAAACCAAUUCCGUUCAAUAGAUCGUUUUCGGUCUCGAAAAAAAAGAAAUGAAGAUUCGUCGUGGUCGCCGCGAGUGAAGGAAGAUUCCCAGGUUACGCAAUUCGAGUACUACGUGAUCAUCGUGUCUGUUUGCAGCAGCGUGGAGAGAAACCGAUACCGAGUUUAAAAUUUGCGGAUGAGUGCUUAAUUAAACACGCACGCCAACGGCGCUCGAGUGGAAUAACGUUGUGAUUUUUUUUCGUUCCAUUUGGCUUCGACAGUGAGUGAGACAAGAAAAGCAAUCGCCACCAGAGCGGGAGAGAGAGAGAGCACUUGUUUAUCCAUUCCAUCAUCAAGAGCAGAUAAUCACCAGAAGAUUAGAGCAAAUUGGAGCACAGAUUGAACGGCUGGUUUUGUGGCAGCUGGCAAAUACCAACUGGACUGCCGUCCCGGUAACUUACGCUACCCGUUUUUUUCCCGUCCACAUCUUGGUGCCAUAUACUUAAGAGCCGCCACGGCAUACUUAAGCAAUCAACACAGCUCCGCGAGCUCCUAAUUAUCAAUUAGCCGGAGCAGCCGAAGCCGGGUGCCAGAGUAGAGAGGGCGCAGCAGCAAGAGUCGAGACCAGUGGCAGACCAGCGGCGCGGGAUCGCAUUUUUCGUGGACAAGAUUCUAUCAACAAAAGGCCGCCAACCUGGAACUCAUGGAAUUAGAGAAUAUCGUGGCCAACACGGUCUACCUGAAGGCGCGCGAAGGAGGGUCCGAUAGCAAUAAGGGUAAAAGCAAGAAAUGGCGUAAAAUCCUCCAGUUUCCACACAUAUCGCAAUGUAUAGAUCUCAAGAAUAAGAUAGAUGUAAGUUAUGGUUACGUAGUUGAUCAGCAGCCCAUCGGACGAGAGUUGUUCUACCAGUUCUGCAAGAUUAAGCGACCCGAGUAUUCUCGGUACAUUUCGUUCCUGGAUGAUGCCGCGAAAUAUGAGAUCGCGGCCGAUGAGAACCGCGUCGAUUUGGCGUUCGACGUGGUCAAACGGUACCUGGGGCUGUGCAUCGACAGCAGUCACGCUACCGAGGACAGCGGUGGCGGAGGCGGCGACGGAGACGAUGGAAAAUGCGACGACGACAGUGGCAUCGGCGGUGACACCAAAAAACUCAGCAACCACGAUGACCAGAUCGAGAAGAAGAGCAUGACUGGGUCGAACUCACUGACCAAUGCCAACACCAUCAGCGGUACCGCCAACAACGCCAAUGCUAGCCAGAACGCCAACGCCAUCAGGAAAACCACCGACGACGACGAAUUUGUGCUGGACAUCCUGAACGAUGACAUUGUAGCGCAAGUUCGGAGUAAAUUAUCCGUCGGAAGCAAGGAGCUGUUCGAGGCAUCGAUCCUAGCGGUGAAAACGUUUCUGGAAGGUGAACCGUUCCGGGAAUUCGAAGCUUCGAUGUAUUUCCACCGAUACCUCCAGUGGAAGUGGUUGGAGGCACAGCCGGUUACUUACAAAACGUUUCGCAUGUACCGGGUCUUAGGCAAAGGUGGUUUCGGCGAGGUGUGCGCAUGUCAGGUUCGUGCCACCGGUAAAAUGUACGCUUGUAAGAAGCUAGAGAAAAAGCGCAUUAAAAAGCGGAAAGGCGAAUCCAUGGUGCUGAUUGAGAAACAAAUACUGCAGAAAAUCAACUCCCGUUUCGUGGUCAACCUGGCGUACGCUUAUGAAACCAAGGAUGCACUCUGUCUGGUGCUAACGAUUAUGAAUGGUGGUGAUCUCAAAUUUCACAUCUAUAACAUGGGAGGUGACCCUGGGUUCGAACUCAAUCGAGCCCGGUUCUAUGCGGCUGAAGUGGUCUGCGGGUUAGAGAAUCUUCAUCGGAUGGGUAUCGUAUAUCGGGACUGUAAACCGGAAAACAUACUGCUGGACGACCACGGACACGUACGGAUAUCGGAUCUCGGUUUGGCCGUAGAAAUUCCCGAAGGUGAAAUGGUCAGGGGGAGAGUUGGAACCGUAGGUUACAUGGCUCCGGAGGUAAUCGACAACGAGAAGUACGCUUUCUCGCCCGAUUGGUUCAGCUUUGGUUGUUUGUUGUACGAGAUGAUCGAAGGACAGGCUCCGUUCCGGGCACGAAAGGAAAAAGUUAAACGAGAAGAAGUAGACCGGCGGGUCAAAGAGGACGCUGAGAAAUACUCACACAAAUUCAGCGACGAUGCCAAAUCUCUGUGCCAACAGUUACUAAUGAAGGCUGUCAAAAAUCGAUUGGGUUGCCGAAGUGGUCGACAAGGAGCACGCGAAAUUAAGCUGCACUCAUUCUUCAACAGUAUUAACUGGAAACGGUUGGAAGCGGGACUUGUAGAGCCACCGUUCGUCCCCGAUCCCCAUGCUGUUUAUGCCAAAGACGUGCUUGACAUCGAGCAAUUUUCCACGGUAAAGGGUGUUAAUUUGGAUGCAACAGAUGAGAACUUCUACUCGAAGUUCAACACUGGCUCGGUUUCCAUACCGUGGCAGAACGAGAUGAUCGAAACGGAGUGCUUCCGGGAGCUGAACGUGUUCGGUCAGGAUGAAUGUCCGACGCCGGAUUUGCUCAUCAAUGCACCGCCAGUAGUCGAAAAGCCAGGAUGCUUCCCCUUCCGGCGAAAGAAGAAACAAUCGGCUCGCGAGAAACCUGUCCCGUUCAACGAGAAGCUGCUAUCGUCUAGUCAAACCACGGUUACAAUAAGCCAGGCCCAAAAUGAAAGCUGAUAGUGUGGAAGUGAAGAUUUACUUCCCAUAGAUGUCUCAGUUACCGCUGGCAACGGUUGCACCAGGAGCAACGUCAUAGAACACAAAAAUAGCAUCUGCACAAAAAAGGAAGCAAACGGUUGAACAUGAUAACACGAAUUUUACACAAUAGCGAGUUCCUCGGAAAUGGAAGAACAUGCGCAAAACAUACCUAGAAAAUGUGCGAUGGCUGUUGUAAAACAAAAGAAUAACUACAUACGAUAGCACAAAUGAAAACAUAAGCAUCCUUCGAUUUUAGCUCCCAGUACGUUUAGGGAAGUUCUCUCGACAUUUAUUUCUGUGUGAGAACAUUAUGAUAAAAAGAUACCUGCCCAUAUAUUCAAUGCAGAGUAAGCCGCAGAAGACGGAAUAAGAGCUUUUAACGUACAUCAAUGUUAAUUUUUAGCCGGACACUCAAAUGCAGCGAUGAUUUGUUAUUUAUUUUAAUAACUGAUUAGGUUACUUUUAAGAGAAAUUAUUUCUGUAAAUAAUUGUUUUUUGAUUAGUUAAAAUAUUUCCUCUUCCCUUUUAGAGUUUAGUAGCAUUAUUGAAUCGACGUGAUUUUUUAUUGAUAUAAUUUAGUGAUUACAAAAGAGAGAGAGAUGAAGAAAGCUACAUUGCUACAAUGUAUAACCAUAGAUAUAAAAUAAGAUAACAAAAUUAACUCAUAUGUGUUUUUGUAAAAACAAACAAAAAAACUUUAGAGGGAACCAAAAGGUUAAGCUUAUUGUCACUCGCCAGUUGUACGACUGACGGGGAUGUGAUAGUAAAUGGAAUAUGUAGCUUACUUUUUAGAGCACACACAAGCAAGUGGUCCCGAAGAGAAUGCCGGUUUUUAUAGGAAAUAACAAAUUAGGCAAACAAACAUGUACUUCCGGCUCGUUUGAAAGACAUACAUACACUAAAAUAAAAUAAAAACCUAACGCUAUUUCACCUCUAGUUGGCACACAACAAAGACGGUAGUAACCAACAAACCGAAUGACACACAUCACACAGACGGGUGUUACUUGCUUUUCACUGUAUGAAAUAGAGCGCAGUUUAACCAUAUACUCAUCGAAUCACUUUCCGCUAGCAGCACACAAAUCUAGACUAAAUGCACGCACACAAACACAGGCACAAGUAUAGAGGAAUUCGAUUUAUGGUUGUCGGAUUCCGGAAGGAAUGAUGCAUACUUGAUUCAUUGUUUUAGUUACUAAUUAAAUAUCGUUAAAUGGACACAAUAAGCAAAUUCCACCACAAACUAGGAACAAAAUAUUCCGGCACAAGAUGGAAACGUGACUUAUCUUCAAAAACGAAUUGGAAACCUAUAAAAUAUAAAUGAUUUAGUUGGAUGCUAAGUAAUUGCUCAAACAAAAUGGACUGUCUCAAAAAUAAGCACAGCAGAUCAGAAAAAAAGUUAUAUUUCAAAAUACAUACACAUUCAAAUGUUUCCCAUGUAAUGCAAAAUCUGCAUAUAUUGGUGUGGUCAUAAAGAACAAUCUGUUGAAACGAUUGCCAUUUGCCAAAUGUUCUGAUUAUCAAAACAGGUCUUGUGAUUUUUAAAUUGCAAACGCAACCGAAUGCUAGUUUAAACGGUCUUAGUAUACAGUACAAAGAGCUUAUUUCUUCGACAAACAUUUGGAUCUGAAAUUUUUAACCGAACCGAAUGUAGAUUAUGGUCGAUGGACUUAGGAUGUUUUUCUGAUAAUGCUUUGUACGUCAAAUGCUUUAUUUUGCUCUACAUCCAUACUUGUUUGGUUCAAAACGAAUGCAUUUUAACGCGGAGGUGAAACAAUAUGCAAUAUGAAAACUAUUAAAAGUGUUUGAAACAAAUUAACUGAACGUACUUUUACUACCGAAUGAAUGGUUAACCAGACUGUUAAACGAGCUCAUCGGAUAUAGUAGAGAAUUUAGUCCCUGUAAAUGAAAUCCUGCGUUUGGAGGUUAGUUGGUGGUACAAUGAAAAACAAAAACUAGAAGGCUACCAUUCAAAUGAUAAUCAUUACUAAUAGAGAAGGAAAGUGUUUAGCACUAAAAGAAAGCCAGAAUUAAUCGAAAAUGAACGUAAGCAGUAUUAACGAAAUGAAAAUGUAUCAAACCGAAGAACCACUGAAAACUUGAACAAAAUCUCGUGGCAAAUCAUGUUGGCAUUAAGAAACUAGCUCAAGAAGAAAAUAAACUAACGUUCCCACGGAAACAAACACUCAAUUUUAUAUAAAAAAAAGUCAAGAUACGCGAAACCGCGCGUCCUGUUUUAUAUCAUAUGCAAGCAUAAACUAGCAGCAAGAUUUCGCUGAUUCAGAGAGAAAUAUAUAAACGCAUUGAAUGUUGUCAUACUAGAGAAAACAAAAACGACUAUUCCAAAGACCGAAACCCGUUCCGUUGCCGAGCAACUUAGUGAAGGCAGAAACCGUAAUCCCGCUUUUUUGAGCUACAACUACUCUAGGAAUGGUUGCCGCAGAGAGGCGCUGCUUUCACAUAUUGAGUUAGUCACCAGCAGAUAGAAGUGCAAGAAAAGAUGAAACUGUGACUGCCCUUUAACCUUCUAGUUCAGGUUCUAAACUUUUAUUUGUAGUGUUCUCGUGUUUUUAUCACGGAAACAUAUGUGUAUGUCAUUUUCAAUUAGUCACAAUCGCCAAUUACCAACAAUCAACUACUCCCAGAGGUUUCAACCUUUAAACAAACAAAAAUUACCACAAAGAAGAUGUAAGUUAGUUUGAAUAUGAAACUCUACAGUUUAAUCAUAAUCUGUUUUUUACUGCUCGUGGUUUUAAUUGAAAAGCAUCUAUCGUAAAAGUAAAAUAAAAAACAAAUACUAAUCGAUGAAACUAUGGCAGAACGUUAUUGGAGUACUAACUUAUUAACUACGAGACAUAUUAUACAAACUCUUGAGCAUCUGAUAAAUCGAAAUGGACGGAUUAUUAGCAAGCGAAAAUUAGAACUACAAUGAUAUGUGAAUUUGAGUAACUAGUAAAAUGUAACAGAAAUAAUGCAGUAAA